AUGCAAAAUAGGGAUCCAAAUUUCUUCUACAGAAUGGGCAUUGACAAAAUGGGCGGUUUGAAGAAUGUUUUUUGGGCUGAUAAUAGAUGUAGAGAAGCCUACAAAGAAUUUGGUGAAGUUGUCACCUUUGACACAACAUACUUGACAAACAAGUAUGCAAUGCAUUUUGCUCCAUUUGUCGGGGUUAAUCAUCAUGGGAAGUCAAUUUUAUUUGGUUGUGGCUUGCUUUCUAAUGAGGAAAAAGAAAAUUUUGCUUGGUUAUUCAGAUCAUUUCUCGAUUGUAUGAAUGGAAUCGCUCCACAAAGUAUAAUUACAGACCAAUGUAGUGCGAUGAAAUGGGCAGUUGAGAAAGUUUUCAAGGAUACCAAACAUCGUUGGUGUUUAUGGCACAUCAUGAAAAAAAUACCUGAAAAGUUGAGGAGGUAUGAAAAUUAUUUAAGGAUUAAAUGUAGGAUGAAAAAAGUUGUUUAUGAUACACAAUGUCCAGCUGAAUUUGAACAACACUGGAGUGAGAUGUUGCAAAAGUAUGAGAGCUUGAAACAUAAUAAAUGGUUGAAUAAAUUAUAUGAGGAGAAACAUCGAUGGGUUCCUUGUUUUGUGAAGACCACUUUUUGGGAUGGGAUGUCGACUACACAACGAUUCGAGAGUAUGAAUGCAUUUUUUGACGGGUAUGUUCAUUCAAGAACGUCUUUGAAGCAAUUCGUUGAAAUAUUUGAUAAUGCACUGGGAUACAAAAUGGAAAAGGAGCUUAAAGAAGAUGCUAGAUCGUUUUCAACAAUUAUUCCAACCUCAACUUCGUAUAAUAUGGAGAAACAAAUUCAAAGAUUAUACACUCAUGCGAAGUUUAAAGAAUUUCGUAAUCAGUUGAUACGGAAAAUGUAUUGCGAGAUAAUUGGUAGUCAAGAUGAAAUCAAAGAUGGAGUCAUGGUUCAAACUUAUGACAUACAAGAAGAAAUUCACUACCAAAAACCACCAGAGGAUAAAGAAGAAGUUGAUGAUGAUGAUGAUGAAUUGGUUGCAUCAAAUGAAGACAUUACUUCACUAGAUAUGGGACAUACUGCACCAAUUGAAGAAUCUGAAUUUGAACCCGAACUUGAUCCUGAUAUUGAUUGGUCGAUGAAAAAGAUUAUCUUUAAGGUAUGGUUUCAGAAAAAUGAAUGCAAAGUCGAUUGUAGUUGUCAUAGAUUUGAAUUUCGUGGAAUACUUUGCACGCAUGCGAUAUGUGUGUUACUUCGUAAUGAUGUUUUACUAAUGCCAGACAAUUACAUAUUAAGAAUAUGGAGAAAAGAUGUGAGCUUGUUACACACAAAGGUGCCAAUAAAUUCUGAUAGUUGGUAUUUGACUCCAGCAGAAAAACGUUACAAGGAGUUUUGUGAUUAUUUUGCAGAACUUGCAGAUGUAGCUUCAAAGGAUAGUGAUAAGUGCAGUAAUAUCAAGAAAUGGAUACAUGAAAAAUUGAUAGAAACAGUGGAAAAAGGAUCUGGUAUUGAAGAAGAAAUAAACAACUCUGGUCAAGAGAAUGAAGCUAUAAAAGUAAGUAAUCCUCCUCAAGCAAAUACAAAAGGUAGGCCUUGUACUAACCGUUUGAAGCCUAAGCAAUACAAAAGAAAAGCGAGAAAAGAAAACGUCAAUACCAAUGAACAAAUACCGAGUCAACAAAGCUUGGUAAGUAAUAUUCAGCCAUCGAAGAAAAGAAAAAGGAGUAGUAAGAAAGAAAACAUCACUAAAUCCCAACUCAACAAAACACGGCGGGUGCAUUUCAGUCAUUGGGAGGAGCUGAAAUCAAUAAUCUUAAUAGAGGAGAGUACAGCCAUUUAUUGCACUUAUCUGAACUCCAAAGAGUAGGAAACAUAGGAAAUGCCACGAUGCAGUUCCCCGGCACCACAAAUUUUAUCUUAUGGAAACAUUAGCAGCGUAUAUGAAACACCUUAUGUUCAUUCUGGGAAUAUUGCACCUGCACCAGGAGGACUCCCUGGACAUUUUGAAAGUUUCUCGACUGCAUUUGGAGUACCUCGUCCAUGGAGAAGUCCAUAUUUGGAGAGUUGUGCACCAACGUACCAGGAUACCAGGCAGUGGAGGAUUUUUCCGAAGGCAACAUUAGUUCUAUACGGAAGUUCUAUUUUUAACAAUUUUAUGAAUCAUAUUUUCAAUAAAGAUGCGCAGUGUGACCCCUGAAUGCGUUAGUUUACUUGUAGUUGGAUGUUAUCACUCUUAACAAGGUGCAUUUUCUUCUUUUUUUCGAAGCAUAAGGUAUUUUUAGGUUCUGUUUUCUUUGGUUAUGUUAAAACAAUAGUGGAAAAUUAGAAGGA